AUGUCGUCGCAGACCAUGACGGCGCCAGCAGUGGGCCAUCGACCGCCUGAUUCAGGUCCAGAUACGCCCAUGCACGACUAUGGCUACUCCCAGAACGACCCUACAUCUCCUACCGCCUCAAGGAGUCCCUCCGCAACUCGCGACAUGCAUAAUUCUGCCCCAACCUCCAAGGCCUUGCCCGCCACCUCUAUGGGAAUCAAGACUGAACCCACCGAUACCCAUGACUCCGACGUGAAUGUUUCCGAGCACCAGAAGGACCUCAACACUCAAUCCGCCGCCGGCGCCCUCCUCGCCCAACUACUGGGGAAUCCUUCUGCGCCAAACUCGGCCGAUGCGACGGGAAAUCAACAUUCCGGACAACAAUUGGACGAGCAGGAUGUCAAGAUGGACGACUCAAAUGGCUUUCCCGCAGUCGAUCAAUCUGCUCACAACAGCAUUGCGCUAGAUUUCCAGCUCCCGCAAGAUUCAACCUCGGUAUCAAGGGUCAUGCAUAGUACUCCCAACGGACACGGGAAACCGGCUACUGACAUUCUGGCGGAAAUUGAUGCGCCACAGCAAGAUGGAGGGAUGGCCGUGCAUCGGCCAUCGAAUGCGAGUGCCAUGGAACCCCUAUCUGACCCUUUGAAUCCCAAAUCAAACCUGGAACCAUCCCUUCUCCCUCCCUUCGAUUUCGCCGCAGUCCCCAAAAAUGCAUUCGAGGCUCUCCAGCAGAACGAGCUGCUCACGGCCGCCUAUCUCUCGCAAGGAGCUGAUCUAUCAGCCCUCGGAUAUCAAGAUGGAUCAACUUCGGUGGCUGGGUCGGAACCGAAGAUCCAAGCGUUCGCCAAAUUAGAGUUUGAUGAUGGCCAUUUUUAUGUCAAUACCUAUUCGUUCAUCCUGGGACGAGAUGUUCGGGCCGCGCGCGCCGCACAUCAGCGAGAAAUUCAGUUCCGGCAGGCCGUGCGGAGUUCUCGAGCAAAGAGUUCGAGUGGCGGCAAUGCCUCUCAUACGCCGAAUAGGAUGAAGCGGGAAGAAAGCGCUGCCAUGAUGGGAAGCGUGGUCAGUGACCGCGGUGGUAUCAUGGGAUUCGAUCCGGAUGUCCCCCCACAUCUUCCAGCCAACCUAAAUAUCAGCAGGCGCUCAUCGAAAUCUUCAUUUGAUGAUUCUGCGAUGCCCUUGAGUGCCAACCCUGCCCAAUUACAAACAACAACUGUGACGGAUUAUAAUGCGCUCGCUAUGCAAUCUUUGCAAUCAGAGAACAAUGGGGAUGCAAAGCCUGUGGAUGCUUUAGCCCUACUCCCAUCUCCCGACUCAUGCCCUACAAUUCCUAUUCACCCUCCGUCAACGAUUGAUGGUACCGCUGCCGGGCACCGGGGCAUCUCCCGUCGCCAUGUUCGUAUUUCUUACAAUUUUGAUCGCAACCUCUUUGAGAUGGACGUCAUGGGCCGGAAUGGUGCUUUUAUUGGGGCCGAUUGGCUUUCUCCCGGUCAGCUUCGUCCGUUACAUAGUGGUGACUACAUCCAAAUUGGUGGUGUACGGAUACGCUUCUUGUUACCCGAUGUUCCCAUCGGCGAGACUGGAGCGGAUCGGAUGGAGGAGCCGCAGCAGCACCUAGAAGACGAGGGCGCAGAUGCGGAUGCAGACGCUGACAUCGAUGCUGCUCACGAGAUUGAUGCUGCUCACGAGAUUGAUGCUGAACAUGAGAUCGACGACAUGGACAAGGAUCUGAGCGACAGUCCUGAUAGCAAGGAUCUUUCCAAGCCCAAGCUCUCCCUCAAGACCAAGGAUGACGAUCCCACGAAGCCUGUCCCUUCAAUCGAACCGGGAGGUGAUAAAGAUCAGCCGGCCCGUCGUCGUGGACCCGGCCGACCUCCAAAGGAUGGUAUCAUGUCGAAACGUGAAAGGGCCGAGUUGGCUCGGGAGCAGAAGAUUGCUGCGAAACGCGAAGCUAAUGGCAAGACGAUAACGACCAAGGAGUCUGUUGGAGCCGAAUCUCCAACCUCCUCUGUCAAACCUUCCGAGAAGCGCAAAUACACGAAGAGAAAGAAGGGCGAUGGCACACCUAUGGAUUUCCCCCUUCCGUCCACAGAAGGUGGCCAAUUCUCUACAGAACAACGGCCCGAGGAAUAUGUCAAGCCCCCACCAGUCAAGAAGCGCAAGCCAUCACGGUCACCAUCUCCUAACUAUCCUCCGGAGUCUGCUUACUCGCCGGAGGAUCUGGCCAAGCCCCCUUACAACUAUGCGGUCCUAAUCUUCGACGCUCUGACGGAGGCCGGCACCCCUAUGACCCUGAAACAGAUAUACCGUGCGUUGAAGCUCAAAUAUCCAUACUUCCGCUUCAAGUGCGAGACCGAAGGUUGGACAUCCAGUGUGCGGCACAAUCUCAAUGGCAAUGGACACCUAUUCAUGCACGCAGAAAGAGAUGGCAAGGGAUGGUCAUGGCAACUUCGACCUGGCGCAUCUGUUGAGAAGGAGAAGAAGAGGCGUCCUUCACCUCCGCCUCCCCAGGCUCCUCCUGCCCCUCCGCCCCAGCACUCCUGCAUCUUUCCCGAUACCAAGCACUAUUCGAAGCAGCCUUCCGGCAGCCUUCGCUCGAACAAUCCCCUCUACCUACACCUCACCCUACGCCACCAAUCCCUCUCCGCAGGCAGCACAAAACCAGCCGUCACAGACGCCGCAACCCGGCCAAGGACCACCACCGCCGCAGCAGCAACAUCAUCAUCAAUCCCCCCCUACUCAGCCCCCAAACCCCCACCAUCUCAACCUCCACAUAUCAAUACCCAACACCAAUCGUUCCCUCCUCCGGCUGGGCCAUCUUACCCACACCAGCAUCAGCAACCGGUCCAGUCGCAGCCACAUCCGCAGCAGCCUCAUCAUGUGCCACCUCCGCAUCAUCAGGCGCAGCAGCCGCGUCCACCACCGCCCGGACCUCAGGGUCAUCAGCAGCAGCCGCACCCUGCACAAUCCAACCCGGGACCAACCGGACCACCGGAGCCGUCGUCGUUCAAUGAGCGCGCCAACAAAGCCCUUGACGAUUUCGAGGCCGUGCUUAUGGAGGACUACGAAGACAAGAACUACAUCCGGGAAGUCCUCCGCAGUGCUCGCGCUCGGGUCCUCGGCAAUGCCACGGAAAGUUCAUUCCCUGGUGGAGAACCCAAAGACGAAAAGGUCAUCAUGGAUGUACUGAGCAGCCUGGUCGGAAGCCUAAAGGACGAGUAA